AUGCAAUCGAGACAGCAGGUUAGAAGUGACCUUUUGAAGGCCUUUCAAAGCUACACUCCUCGUGCAGAUAUCUCCUCCACACCCCAGCCCUCUUCGACGCCUCAUCUGCCGAGCAAUCCUGGCACGCCGAAUCAUCAGGCUAAUAUCAACAUGGAAAGCAACGGAAGCCAGAAAAACAGCCAGAAGUCACCAGCGUCAAUAGCCAAACCACCCCCAAAGACUCGUAAAAGACUCCGUACCCCUGUCUUCGAGAGUAGUAGCUCAGGUUGCAGCGAAUCAAGCGAAGAAGACCGGAAUCUCAGAGAGAAGCGUCCUCGUCGUGCUGCGGCUGAUAAGACAGGAGACUGUCUUAAGAAACAGACCGAGUAUAUCAUGUCAGGCAUGAACUCGGAUAUCAACGGUGCACAUAUAGACACUCUGUUUGUGGAGAUGGAGAACAGCCAGAAGAGCGAUCAGCAAGCUCCCGUCGUUGAAGCCAAACGUGUUGAACCCCCGGUACAAAUGGUGUCUCAGAAUGGCAAAAUUUCAGGACAGAGCCACGGCAAUGGAGCCUCAGCACAAGGCCAGGGCAAUGGAGUCUCAACACAGAGCCAUGGUAAUGCAGCUUCUAUGCCUGCACGGCCAAUUCAGGAGACAUCCAUGCCCGCAACACAGCCGAGCCAAGUUAUCGCCUUGCCUGAUAACGGUUCUAAGGUUUUGGCCACUGAAAACAGCCUAGAGAAAGUUGUCGAGAGUAUUGCAUCUACAAACCAGCGCAUGACAAGCUAUCUCACGCGGAAGAACAGCGCCUUUCUAAAUGACUUCCCCGCCAACGCACAGCUAUUCUUCGAAGCUAGGCUUGCAGAGAUCACACAGGAAGCCAUUACCAUGCAUCAAGUGAAGAUCGAUGCUCUGAAGGCGGAAUACAUUGAGAAGCUGCAGAAGGAUAUGAGCGAGUGCCAGAGGAUGAUCGACAUGCUGCGACAGAACCAGUGA